UCUUUAUCACCAUCUAGCUAGGAGCGAUAUCUCCUUCCAUCAAUUUGCAGGCAAGUUACUUAAUCUCCUUCCAUCAAUUUGCAGGAGAUUUGAAAUGGAAGAUAACCACGUUGGAACGCAUCAACAGAACAAGGACGACGGAUGUUAUGGUAUUGCAAAUAUUUAUAAGGUUGAAGUUGGACAAUUGUCGACCCAACAUAAUUCAAACCAUGUGUCAUCCAUCAAAAAAAUGCUUUCGGAUUUGCAUCCUAUGACUGAAGAAUGCAGCAUCUAUCGGGUUUCCAAACGAUUACACAAUAUUCAUGAUAUGGCCUUUGCGCCUCAAGACAUUUCUAUCGGUCCUUUUCACCAUGGUCGAAAGGAGUUGAUGGCCAUGGAACAACUUAAACUCCGCUUUCUGCAUGGUUAUCUACGCCGUGUAGGAAUGGAAGUUAAGGCUGCAUUUGAUAUUGCUCGGGAAUGGGAGAUACGAGCCCGCAAGUGCUAUGCAGAACCCAUAGACAUGAAGAGCGAGGACUUUGUGACAAUGAUGCUUGUGGAUGGAUGUUUCUUAGUGGAGUUGUUCAUAAUGGAUUAUGAAUUCAGUGGAACUCAAACCCAGUUAAGCUAUCCAUUGUUCAGUGCUAUAAGUACUGACUUACUUCAUGACUUAAUACCGCUUGAGAAUCAACUCCCUUAUUUUAUUCUUGAAUGUCUUUUCAAAAUUAGUGACUAUUCCUGUAUAGAUUGUAUAGUCGGCUAUCUCGGUGGUUGGUAUAUAGGAGCGCAUGUGCUUCCUAAGGUGCCCACGAGAGAAGCAAACCACUUGGUUGAUUUAUUAAGCUUUUACUACGCCAUCCCCACAGUGACAAUUAGUGGAAACAAUGGCCAGGAAUGGGAGCGUCCGCCAACUGCAACCCAGCUUAAAGAGGCUGGUGUUAAGUUCCAGAAAGCAACAGAUUGCAAACACAUUACAGACAUAAGCUUCCAGGACGGUGUUUUGAAGAUUCCUUGUUUCCAAAUUACGACGACCUUUGAAACCCACGUUCGAAACCUGUUGGCGUUUGAGCACUAUUACCACUUGGGGCAUCAUAAGAGGUGUUUACAAUAUUUUUCAUUUCUAGACGAUUUGAUAAACACAGAGAAAGAUGUAAAUUUACUUGUGGAGGCAGGGAUCAUCUCCAACAAUAUUGGCGGUAAUAAUGAAAACAUUGCGAAAUUGUUUAACGAUAUGGUCAAACAUGCCAACAUUACAUCCUAUAUUUUCUACUACAGCCAAAUUAGCCUGAAUUUACGUAAGUACUGCAAGACACAGUGUCACCGGUGGAUGGCUUCACUGAGACGUGACUAUUUCAAUACGCCAUGGACUUUUAUCUCCUUCCUUGCUGCAACCUUCCUCAUUCUCCUCACCGUCGUGCAAACCCUCUACUCUGCUCUAUCUUAUUCCUAGUAAUUAAACCACGUCGCGGUUUUUAAUUAGUUAAUUUGUUUUAGGUCUACUGUGUUGCUUACCUUCUUUUAAAACUUAAACCGGCC